AUGGCAGAGGUGGUGCAGCCGGGUCGCUCUCUAGCUGAGACGCCAACAUAUUCAGUUGCCUCUGUUGUUACUGUCAUGGUCUUUGUCUGCUUAUUGGUUGAACGUUCAAUCUACCGCUUUGGAGAGUGGUUGAAGAAAACAAGAAGGAAGGCACUUUUUGCUUCACUGGUGAAAAUUAAGGAAGAGCUGAUGUUGCUUGGGCUUAUCUCUUUGCUGUUGGCACAAAGUGCAAGGUGGAUCUCUGAAAUUUGUGUUAAUUCGUCAUAUUUUAGCAGUCGAUUUUAUAUUUGUUCUAAGCAAGACCUCGACAUCAAUGAGAAUAUCAUGCUUGAAAGCUCAUCAUCUGUCCCUGGUGAAACUAGUAUUCCAAAGGGAUUAAAUACUGGAGCAUUCAACCAAUGUGGAGAGGGUCAUGAACCAUUUGUUUCUUAUGAGGGUCUUGAGCAGCUGCACCGGUUCUUAUUUGUUCUCGGGAUCACUCAUGUUUUCUAUAGUUGUCUCGCAGUUGGUUUGGCAAUGAGCAAGAUCUAUAGUUGGCGCAGAUGGGAAAAUCAGGCUAGGAUGCCAAGCGAUGGAAACCUGCAAGCAAAGAAAAUCAAGUUGAUGAAGCGACAGACAACAUUUAUUUUUCAUCACACUUCUCAUCCAUGGAGCAGGAGUCCAAUCCUAAACUGGAUGCUCUGUUUUCUACGUCAGUUUAGGAGCUCUAUACGAAAAUCAGAUUACCUUGCACUCCGUUUAGGUUUCAUCACUGAACACAAAUUGCCGUUGUCUUAUAAUUUCCAUCAAUAUAUGGUUCGAAGCAUGGAAGAUGAAUUUCAUGGCAUUCUAGGAAUAAGCUGGCCGCUUUGGAUUUAUGCCAUAGUCUGCAUCUUCGUGAACAUCCAUGGUCUGAAUAUAUACUUCUGGCUAUCAUUUAUCCCUGCAAUUCUUGUCAUGUUGAUAGGGACAAAACUUCAACAUGUUGUAUCCACCUUAGCAUUUGAGAUUAUGGAGCAGACAGGUCCAUUUGCUAGGACACAAGUAAAGCCACGCGAUGGUCUAUUUUGGUUCAAAAAACCAGAUAUACUGUUAUGGCUGAUACAAUUUGUCAUAUUUCAGAAUGCAUUUGAAAUGGCUACGUUUAUUUGGACAUUGUGGGGAUUCCAAGAACAAUCGUGCUUUAUGAGAAAUCAUUACAUGAUCAUCAUUCGGUUGGCAUCUGGUGCUAUUGUUCAGUUCUGGUGUAGCUAUAUGACAGUGCCCCUGAAUAUAAUAGUUUGUCAGAUGGGAUCUCGAUGUAAGAAGGCGUUAGUGGCGGAGAGUGUUAGAGAGUCCCUGCAUAGUUGGUGUAAAAGAGUGAAACACAAGUCUAAGCAUGAUUCGUUGCAUUCACACACCGCAAGAUCAGUAUGUUCCCUCGAAUCAACAAUAGACGAGAGGGACGAAAUAACAGUAGUAUCUGGUAUUCUAACUCGAAGCUCAUCCUUAGAGACUUUGAAUCAGAUAACAGUGACUUCAGUAGACCAGCUGAAUUUCGAGACUCCCAACAAAGCAACAGAUUCAAUCAAGGUGGCUGAGUAUGUGUCUGAAUCUGUAUAUACUAAACCCCCACAACCGUCCCACAAUGGUGAAGAUCCUGUAGGUAAUAGAGGGGAAGCAAAAGCUAUCACUCUUCUCGAUUUGUUUCAGAAAACAUGA